AUGGAUGAAUCAUUUUCGCAUCUUUGCACUGAGUUAAAAAAAUUCACAUCCUUCAGGGAAUCGGAAGAAAUAAAAGGCCCAUGUAAUGAAUCUCUGCAAAUGGUUUCACAAAAACAGGUGAAUUUGCCAAUUUCAACCGGAACAUCUCCUUUUGUUAAGGCUAUCACCUCAAUCUUACGUAGCAACAAACCAUCAAAUACUAUUUAUUCACUAGUUAACAUACUAUUUGACUGCAUUUCUCAUGAUGUUUUCGUUGAUUCUGCACUAUCAACAAUUAUUCGCGAAUUUGAUCAAAUCCAUAACAUUGACAACAUAGAAUUUUCACUAAAAAUCAUACAAUUCAUGUCAAGUACACUUCAAAAACACUUAGUUAACUUAAAUUUGAUCAAAUCUCUAUGCUCAAUUGUUUUAAACUUUUUAUCUAGCAAGCAUACGAUUGUUGUCAAUUCAUCCUACGCAGCUAUACAACAAAUGAUUUCAACAGAGUUCAAUUUCAUCCAAAUUUCGAAAUACGAAAAUUUAAAUCCAGAAGAUAAGAAUAAAUUGAAAGUCAUUGUCAAAAAUGGCCUUUCAUCAAAAUUUUCAGAUCCUUUAUGCGUUAUUGCGUAUUUAAUCAUAAAUGAUGUAGUAAACUUGCUUUUAGGAAAGAAUUCGAUGUGGCUACACAUUUCAAACAUUCCAUUCGACAUACUUGUGAAGCUCUGGGAAGCAAUUUUAAUGACACAGUCAACAUUUUUGAAAACUUCUCAUCAAUUUAUAAAAAUUGUUGAGAAUAGUAUUUCUAACAUACCAAUAUCCAACUCUGUUAUACAUUUAGAUGUUACUUUUUGCAAAAUGUUUUAUUCUGAUUCAUAUGAAGCAAUUAACGAUUUAUUAACCAAAUAUUUGGAACUAUUAGCACCAGAAUCAGACAAAAAAGUGAUUUCUUUAUCAUUUUUUAGAGAAUUGCUGUUAGAAGAUGAAAACUUUUUUAUUAAUUUCAAAAAUUUAGAAAUAAUUACAGAUUUAUUGAAGAAACUCGACACGAUCAUAGACACUAAACAGUGUGAAGGGCCAAUUGACUUCAAUUUCUCUCAAAAUACUGAAGAAUCAAAAAAUUUGUUAAUUUUUCCAUGCGAAAUCUCAAUUCUCCUUGUCAAUUACUUAAUAUCGAACAAGGAGAUUGAGAAACAAACCAUAGUUGGCCCAAUUAUAUCAAUUAUUAUCAAAUUAUUAAGAAUUUGCAAUAAAAACAGCUGUGAAACAGUUUUCCGUACUUACAAUGGACUUAUUACAGAACUUACUCCUGAUUUCCCAGAAUAUCAAUUGAUUUUGUUGAGAAUUUUGUGUUCAAUUAUUUCUCAACAGAGAAUUUUCAGAAAUCCGCUAGAUCCUUUAGAAGAACAGGCAAAUAUUCUUCUACAUACUUCAAAAACAGGCUUUUGGUUCAAAGGAAAGCGUGUUUUUUCGUAUCAUUUGGUUUCAAAACUUCUUUUCACACAUCCAGAGUAUUUUUCUAAGAUAUAUAACAGAUUAUUCGGAUCUCUAUCACUAUAUGAUGAAGCCAAAGUAGAUCCUGCAUUCACAACUCAACUUUCAAAAUCUGAGUUAAUUAAUUUAUCAAAAAUAUUAAUUAACGGCAGCCCAUUUUCCAUACAGUUCCUAUCAUCAAUGAUUCCACUUCAUUUAAGUGAAUUUACUGAAAUUUGGAAUAAUAUUUUUGAAUUAAUUCCUUCUUUGUUCGAAAAGGACGAACUCUGCUCUUCCCUUGUUGAACUCAUGGGAAUAGUCAGUAACAAAAUGGUUUCAUCCGAAACAGAGCAAGAAAUCUUGAAAUGUUACUCAAUGAUUUUAAAUCUCGAAGGGAAACCAUCGUCAGAGACCAGGGUUAAGCUCAUUGACCAACUAAACAUUAUUAUCAAGCAUUUCGGAAGCAUCAUUGACAAAGGAUGGCCAUUUCUUUUGUCAUCAAUCAAAAUUCAGAAUUGUGUUCAUAAUUCGAACACAAUUUCCUCAGCAUUCACUACUCUGACCUCGAUAUGCACGGAUCACCUACAAAAACUCUCAGAUCCGCUCUUGUCGACGAUAAUAAAUUUGAUAAUUGAAUAUACGGCCAAGAACCCAGAUUUAAACAUCGCUCUUACUGCUAUUGGCCUUUUAUGGAACAUUGUUUCUCAAGUAAAUAAGAAUGCCGUUCUUUGGAAACAAAUUUUGUCUUUAAUGAUGACUUUAUUCAACGAUCCAAGGCCAGACGUGUCAUCCGGUGCCUUGUCAACAUUUUUCUCACUGCUCACUUCAAACUCACAGCAGAUGCCUCAAGAGAUUUUCCCUCAUCUCUUAGAAAAUUGUAUAAUAAAAUUGUUGGAAAGUUAUGUCACUUUUCCAGCCGAAAAGUACUCAGUAAGCCAACACGCUCUGUGCGAAAUUGGUCACUGCGUCUGUAGUUUCUGGCCUCAGUUCGAUAACCUCGCAAGUUUUCGUAAAAAAUUAUGGCCUUUAUUAAUUGAGAAGGUUUUCACAUUUCUGACCAUAUGCGAUGAUCCUGAUAUAUGCUCCAGCUGUAUGCGGUUUUACGAAGAUGUAAUGCCUUGUAAUUUGAUGUCGAAUGAUAUAAGAGAGUUAUUGCUUUAUUCCUUUGAGAAACUGGUUUACCUGUACUUAGAUAGAGAGCAAAUGUCCAACUUUGUCAUCUCAGAAAUCGGAAAAGUAGUACAAAGAACACUUCCAACCCAAAAACAAUUUCUCACGGAAACAUUAUUGGACAAAUGGCUGAACAUUUCAGAGAAAGUUUCACUGACACUACCGUGUGAAAAUAUAGUGAAUAAUACUAGUCAGAAGUGCAUUAUCACUUGCAUAUCACUUUUACCUAUCGAAGACAAUUAUUUAGAAAGAAUUUGCAAAUCUUUAGCCAAGAUUGCACUCAAAAGUGGUAAGACACAUGUGAUAAACUGCAUAAUGACAAAUGCAACCAAGACUUUGGAUGAUUUACCAAAAGAAAACUUAUCUUUAUUCGUUUCCUCGUUUUCUGAGAUUUAUUCACUUCCUGCUGCUACAUCAUUCCUUAAAAAGGCCAUUUCUCUUUCUGAAAGCUUUGAAACAUCAGACUUAUUCAAAGUUUUUACAGAAAUUUCAAUAAAGAACGGAGAAGUAUCAAAAAUGGCCAUAGACGCAAUGAUAAACAGCUUCUCCAAUGCAGAAAAAGAAGACAAAGUCUAUUUAAUUAGCAGAUUUAGUAAUAAUUCAAAAGUUUUAAUUGAUAUUUUUGAAAAAUAUAUGAAAUAUGACUCAAAAGAAUUCUCCCAAAAAGUAUUUGACGAAGUGUUCGAAGAAUUACUUCUCUGUCUUAAGAAAUAUGUAGAAGAAGGUGAUUUUGAAGUAAUGAAGUACUUAAAAGACGUAAAAGUACCUCCAAAAUCAUUCGGAAACCUUAAAGACUGCCAGAGAUGGCAUUUGCACUUCCUUGCAUGCAGUUUCUCCCACUUGUUGCUUGAUAACAGAAAAGAAAUUUCUCAAUUAUCAUCAAAGAUAGUCGCGGAUAUCGCUACAGACUUUACAAUGAUGACCAAAAACAUGUAA